AUGGUUCCCAAUGUCAAAUUAUACUGGCUAAUGCCGCCCGCCAAGGACCCUCGCGCCGCUUACAACUCGUCAAAGCUUGCUCUUCUCAUCGAAGCCAGGCCUAUGCCUCGCCUAUCCCCGUUGAUUCUACACAUGACAACGGUGGUGCCGCCUGACUGGCGAUUUCUCUUUAUCGGUUCGCCUGAGAGUAUUCACAGCGUGAGCCAAGCCUAUUCAAUCAAGCACCAGCAGGUUAUUGGAAAGCUAGAUUUGGUGGAGCUUCCUCCUCCAUGGAGUGUUGCCAGUAAGGAGGAUGUGUUUAGGCUGCUUACCGAUUCGAGAUUUUAUGACGAGUUCUUGCCAGGAGUAGAGUGGAUCUUGAAGUAUGAGCAUGACAGCAUUCUAUGUGCAAACUCGGAAACAAGUCUGAAUGACCGGCUUGACUGGGAUUGGGCAGGUGCUUCGCGAAAUGAUGACGACCGCUUCCCAGGCAACGGUGGCCUCUCUCUCCGUCGAGUGUCAGUGAUUAAACGGAUCCUUAGCUUUCAAGCACGCUUCAAUGACUCGGAACCGGAAGAUGAGUGGUUCGGAAAGCGUCUAUGGGUGCUACCCGGAGCAAGAGUUGCAUCAAAAGUAGAUGGCGCUAUUGCUGUCGAAGAUGUCUACAUGGAGAGACCCAUGGGCUAUCACAUUCGCGGCGGUGGGGAAAACUUGAACGAAGAGAUAUGGGGAGACCCGUCUCGCCGAAAGGAGAUACUAGAGUAUUGCCCAGAGCUAAGCAUGAUUAUGGAUAUGAAACUAGAGCGAGAGAGGUGUCCAGAUGAUGAUGGGAAUGGGGACAGAACACUCUCAGAUGCUGAAGUGGUAACCACAGCUUUGGAGGAGGAAAACGGAGCCGCGAAGACGAUGCCGAGUGAUAUCGAGGUCAUAGUGCGGCCACCGCAACCUCCGCCUUUGCCACAGCCUUGGACGGGCUCUAUCACCACAUUAGGAGCUACCAUUACUACGGUAGGAGUUUCAAUCACCACGGUGGGAGUUUCAGUCACCACGGGAGGGGGCCCUUUGCGCACUGGUAUCGAUUAG